CCCGCCGCGGGGCCGUGCGGGGUCCGGCCCGGGGGUCGCGGGGGCCGCUCGCCGCUCCCGGCGCUGCCCCGAGCCCGGAGCCACUCACCGGGACCCCCCGCCCGUGUCCCCGCCGCCCCGCGGGUGUCACGGCGCGGCCACGCCACGGGGGACAGCCCCCGCCGUGUCCCCGCCGCGCUCGACCGGGUGACAACCGGGGCACGAGUGGGGGCCGCGGUCCCUCCGCUCGGGGCUGGUGGCGCCCCACGGUGUCCCCGCGGGCCGUGUCCCUCCGCCCCGUGGCCGCAGCCGCGUGGGGCCAUCCCGGCGCUUUUGGGGAGCCCCUCCUGCCUCCUCUCCCCGCCCCAGCACGUCCCCGCCGCGUCCCUCCGUGCCUCAGUUUCCCCGGAGCCGGUGAUUGCUCCGUAAUGGCAAAUCCAUACGGGAUUCGUGUCCCCGCGCGGGGCUGGAAAGGUCACCUCAUCCGUCCUGGGGCUGGUGACAGCGCUCGAUGGCGGUGGCGGGGCUGCGGUGACACGGCUGUGCUGGCGGCUCCGUGCCUGGGCUGGGGAAACUGAGGCAGCCGCGGCUGUGGGUGUGUGUGUCCCCUCCACUGUCCCCCAUGGGUGCCUUGUGCCAGGGCCGUGGGUCUUGUCCCAUGUGCCAUGUCUGUGUCCCUGGGGGUGGCUGAUGUCCCCGUGUCCCGCUGUCACAUCCCGGGGCUGUCUCAGGGCAGGUUUGUGUGCCACGGCUGCGUGUGACAUCCGUGUCACCGUCCUGUGUCUGCAUGUCACAUCCGUGUCACCGUCCUGUGUCCCCGUGCCACGGCUGCGUGUGACAUCCGUGUCACCGUCCUGUGUCUGCGUGUGACAUCCGUGUCACCGUCCUGUGUCCCCGUGCCACGGCUGCGUGUGACAUCCGUGUCACCGUCCUGUGUCCCCGUGCCACGGCUGCGUGUCACAUCCGUGUCACCGUCCUGUGUCCCCGUGCCACGGCUGCGUGUCACAUCCGUGUCACUACCUUGCUGCCUGUCUCACCUGUCUGUGUGUCGCGGUGACAUGUCACACCUGUGCCCACAUCCCGUGCCCGCCUGGCAUUGCCGUGUCCGUGUCCUGUGGCCCCACGCGUGUCCCCGUGCCCGUGUGUCCUCCCCGUGGCCCAGGCGGGGGGGGGACAGUGGCAGGCUGCUGGCACGUGUCGCCGCAGGGUCCUGCGUGCCCGUGGGUCUGUCACGCGUGAGGGAGGAGCCAGCAGCCCCCCUCGGGCUAUAAAACCUCGCGCGGGCGCAGGAGCCGCCGUGUCCCCGGCACUGUCACCCCACUGCCAGGCCCUGCCUGUCACCUCUGCCUCCGCCACCAUGGUGACGUCCCCGCGGCCGUGGCCCGCGCUGGUGGCCGUGGCCCUGUGCGCCCUGCUGUGCCUGGCGGCCGCGUACCCCCCGAAACCGGAGAGCCCCGGGGACGCCGCGUCCCCCGAGGAGAUGGCGCGUUACUUCUCGGCGCUCCGCCACUACAUCAACCUGGUCACGCGGCAGAGGUACGGGAGACGCGAUAGCCCCGGUGCCGCGGCGGCGGAGCUGCUCCCGGGGACCGGCGGCGACGGCUCACGGUUCGAUGACGACUCCUCGUGGUGACCGCCCCGCCCAGCCCCCCCUGUCCCCCAAAUCCUCCCCACCUCUCCAGGUCCCCCCAGGGGACCCAGACCAGCGCAGCCCCCCCCCGCUGGGGGGCCGGGGACCCCCAGAACCCGGCCCGGGGGUGUCCCGCUGCCGGGGGGGCCCCGACCCCGUCCCCUCCCCACCGCUGCCGGGGGGGAUCCCGCACGGCCCCGCAGCGACAAUAAAGAGCUCAAUCGUGGG